GCGUAUUUGUUUCAUAAAGUAUUCAAACUACAAAACUGCCCUUUUGCUAGCGAGUAAGUAAAUGGCACAAUUAAAUACAGCACGACCUCUUAUCGUAGGACCUGAUGUUCCUAUUUCACCAUAUCCUAUAAAAAUGAAAGGAGAAGUAGUUCGAGGGUUUGGAAGGGGAAGUAAAGAAUUAGGGACCCCAACAGCAAAUCUUCCAGAGGAAGCAACAGAAGCUCUUUGUAAGGAUAUAGAAACAGGAAUUUAUUUUGGAUGGUCACAAGUUGGAAAUGAUCCUAUUGUAUACCCAAUGGUAAUGAGUUUAGGUUGGAAUCCUUAUUAUAAGAAUGAAAAACGUAGUGCGGAAGUUCAUAUAAUGCAUACAUUCCCUGAAGACUUUUAUGGAGUGGAAUUACGUGUAGUCGUAUUAGGUUAUAUUCGCCCAGAAAAAGAUUAUAGUUCACUUGAUGCUCUGAUUAAUGACAUUAAUAUAGAUAUACAAGUGGCGAAUAAUUCACUCGCAAGACCUGCAUAUACGGAAUAUAAGAAAGAUCAGUUAUUUGGGAUAUCUGGUUGAACUCAUUAAAUUCAUUAAAAUGGUUUCGCGCAUUUUCGAAGUUCAAUUGCUUUUGUCUUUGUACAUUGCAUUUCUUGCCAUGAUAUUGGUAUCAUAGCAGCACCUAUAAGUUUAUUAGAAAUAAAAAAAUUUUAGUAUCAUUACAUAAAU